AUGAAAUCCGGAUAUGACACCAACUUCUGCGACGGAGAAUCAUCUGACGGUGACGGGGAGAAGGUGGAGAACGACGACAACUCGUCCACCAUCAGCACGCUCGGGGGCUUGCGAACCCCUCAGACCUUAGCCUCCUUACAAACUAACAGAGUAGCUAUCUCUCAUUUGCCAAUUUCAUUAACAAUGGAGUUUUGGGGUGUCGAAGUGAAACCUGGGGAACCGUUUAAGGUCCAACCCAAAUAUGGAUAUUUGAUUCAUAUCUCACAGGCCUCAUUGGGUGAGGUUAAGGAUGUCAAAGAAGCUAAGAGAGUUUCCCUUCGUCUCAAAGUUGACAAUAAGGACUUUGUUAUUGGGUCUCUUUCGGCUGAAGACAGGCCUCAGGUGAUGUUUGAUUUGGUUUUCGAGAAGCAAUUUGAACUCUCACAUGAUCUGAAACAAGGAAGUGUGUACUUCAUGGGCUAUAUUGCUGAAGAGCCCAUUUCAGACAGUGAUGAUCUCUCCUCUGAUGAUUCUGAGGAUGUGUCUGAGGACGAGCAACUGGAAAAUCAGGAUAAUGGCGAUGUUAAGCCCAAGACCGAGGAUGUUAAGGCUGCUAACAGUGCUGCAGCUGCCACCAAUGAAGCUAAGGCCGAAAAGGCUGCUCCCGAGCCUGUGAAGGAGGAGGAGAACCCUGAUUCUGAUGAUAGUGAAGAUGACUCUGAUGCUGCUGAUGAUGAUGAAAUGGCCUCUAGUGAUGAUGAGUCUGGUGAAGAUUCUGAUGAAGAGGAGGAUGAUUCCAGUGAUGAGGAGGAAGAAGAGCCUACCCCAAAGCAAUCAAAGAAAAGGCCUGCUGAACAAGCUCCAGUUAUUGCCACCAAGAAGGCUAAAGCCUCUACCCCUGAUAAGACAGGCAAGAAGGGUCAGAAUGCAACUCUUCUACCUACAAAACCUGCUGCCGCCACUAAAGCUCCAGCCGGAAAAGCUCCUAACAAAUCAAAACAAAGUCCUAAAGCUGGUGGUGGUCAGUUUUCUGGCAAAUCUGGGAACAAGUUUAACUCUAAGAACGGCAAGGGUAAACGAGGAGGGAAAUGA